AACGGCAUACCAAAAAAAAAAAAAAAAAAAACUUUUGCAAACACUAUGCUGUUUCACUAAGGAGGGAAAAAAAGAAAAAACUAUGGCUAUGUGAGGCGAGCGUUGUCAUUGUUUGUCCGUGUGUGUGUACGCUCUGAAUGGUUUCUGCUGGUAGGCCUCACUGGCUGGAACAGGAAGUCACUUUGUGGGAGCAAACGUAGAGACGGUAGCCCUGUAAACUAUAUUUGUGCCUCUCUGAGUAACUAUUAAAAGUGCUGAAAUAAACCCUGAAGUUAUCUUUGGAGUUAUUCAGAUAUCCUUUUCCCCUACCUUUUUUUUUUUCAGGCGACCAAACUAGUUGUAGCAUGUGGCAGGUGUGUUUUGUUGCCCAUAUGUGUUCUUAUAUCUGUAAAUCAUUUGUCAUUUCGAGAUGUAACAAGUAUCAAAUCAAUGUUGAAGUUACUAAAUUCGUCCACCAGAAGGCAGCAUUGUUUGAAUGUUAUGACAGCAAAAUGAGCGACGUUAUUUCUAGUACUACUAAAGAGUUAGUAGUUGCAGUCACAGCGUCAGCAUUAUUUGUACAAAAUUAUUUAUUAGUCCUGAUAUCCAGUUUAUAAUUCAUGUACGAGUACUCUUUUUUUUCCUCACUAUUAAGACAAGUCGGUGCACUAGUGCAACCACUGUCUUACUAGUAAAAAUUUUUCCUUACUUAUCGUGCUAUUUUUGGCCUACUGUUAUGCAAAUCAACCUUACUAGUAAACUACACUUCUGCACUUGAAUUACUACUACGUAGAUCCAACUAGUAAACGUGUCACACACCGGAAGCCUCUUGAGCCAACCAAAAUAGCCACAAGUAUUAUUUCUUUAUCAUUAGUAGUAUAAAUAGUAAGACAAUCUACUAGUGUGGCCUAGUUGUUCUACUAGAUAUGUUCAACAUGCACAGUAUAUAAUCUAGUGACUAGUACCCUUUUUGUCCUUACUAGUAGGGCAAUAUACUGUAAAUGUUACUUGCGAGGCAAAGCUGCACUCGGCAACUGGGUGCUUAAUAAUACUAUUAGUGGCUUAAAAUUAUUCUGGUUAACCUCUAAUGGUUCGCUGGUAGCACUAGUAUCACGCAGAUGUCAAGUAGUACGCGCAGUUUUACCUCACUAUAGGCACAAAGUUGUCCUACUAGUCAGCAGAGGUGUCAUGCAGUAGGUGAAUCCACCCAGCCAGGGUUUUGUGGGGGGGAAAAAAGGUUACUAGUAUUUACAGUGGCUCCUGUGUCAUUUGUUGACCAAAUCAAUAAGUUCCAUGCUUAAAAAUGGUGUUAAAGUUGGACAACUCGAAGGCACACGGAAGCAUAGUGAUUUAUUAAUGUUUAUCUCGUCAUCUGUUAAUGUUUUAACUGAUGAAUCUUAAAUGUCAAACAAAGACGGGGUAUUAAGGUACAUAUCCUAAGCUCAGUCGGCAAUUGGUCGGUCAUCCCAGGAUGGGAGAACAAUAUUUGUGACAUUUUUGAAAAAUGCAACAUUUAUUCUGGAAUAUUUUUUUAUACAUUUUCAAGAAAGCAGGUGACAAACCAUCAUUCAAUCCAAUUUGUCCAGCACAUCUUUUAUGACAUAUUUUUAUUUAGCUUUGCUGUGCUUAGCGUGACCUUGUUACAGAAACUCAUGGCAAAAAUAUUGCUGGAAAAGUGGUGCAAUGAAAUAAAUUUCCACUUACUAUCAAUCCUUAUUUAACUCCUAUUAUAAUAACUGUUCCAAAUCUAUGCCAGUGAUCGUUUUGCUUCAGUGUGCAUGUUAGCUGUGUUAGCUGCAAUGCUAGCUGGCCAAGAACAAAUUUAACUAUGAUGAAAAAUUGUAAUAUGUCAUUCCUUGUGGAUAACAAAGCUGUUUGUUUUGCUUUUUAAAUGUUUAAAGUGUAAAGUCAAGUGUUUUUCAAAAGCGAAGAGUUGUAUUUGUUUGAACAAUGACCCUUAAAAGAUAUGAGCAUAAAACAAUACUUACAUUGCACUCAAGUUAAAGUACCUGAAUAAGAAAAAAACGAAGCGUUCUUGAAGAUUAAAUAUGCAAAUGUUUUAAAUUUACGAGUUAGAAAAACUGUAGUUUACGUGUAUUUUUUUUUUCAUUGAUAUAUUUGAAAUUUCAGAAAAUCGCGUCACCCUUACUGUGAAAGGUCGGCACCACCCACUUCCGGUAAGUAGUGCGAACUUCACUCGCAGCUCAAAGCCGCAACAUCGCCGACUCCCUUCUUACUUACCUACCGCCGCCUUUGCCUGAGAGCCCUUGUGAGGAGAAGGGGCGUUAUUACAUCAGUUUCAACUCAACUGUCGACUCGUCCCUACUGUGGCUCGUUCUGGUCGAUUUUUUUUUUGCGUCAAGCAGGAGAAGAUGACAAGCUAGUCGCCGCUCGGUGCAGCCCGCCGGACGCGACGUAGCGCGCUCAACACCGCAAUGGUGCGUUUCUGUUUCGCCUCCUGACACCACCGAGGACAAAUUAGCUCCUUUUCUGCUCUGCACUUUGAUUUAUUUACACUGAGACACUUAACGGUGAUCCGCAGCCCGAUCUCGUGGCCGGUGGGGCGAUGCGGCACGUCGGCGGCUGCUUAUCCGCAGGUGGAUGGCCAACCUGACGCAAAGCCUCCGUAAUCCCGACACCCCCGGAGCACCGCCGGAUAUUUUCCAAACCCAAUCAUGCUUCCCGGUGUCGGCGUGUUCGGCACCAGCCUCACCGCCAGGGUGAUCAUCCCCUUGUUGAAGAAUGAGGGAUUCGCCGUCAAAGCGCUUUGGGGCCGCACGCAGGAGGAGGCGGAGGAGCUCGCCAAGGAGAUGGACGUCCCGUUUUACACCAACCGGAUCGACGACGUGCUGCUCCACCAGGACGUGGAUCUGGUGUGCAUCAACCUGCCUCCGCCUCUGACGCGGCAGAUCGCCGUCAAAACCUUGGGUAUCGGAAAGAACGUGAUUUGUGACAGGACAGCGACGCCUCUGGAUGCCUUCCGGAUGAUGUCGGCGGCCCAGUACUACCCCAAGUUGCUGAGCAUCAUGGGAAACGUCCUGCGCUUCUUGCCGGCUUUUGUCCGAAUGAAGGAGCUCUUGGAGGAAGGCUACGUCGGGGAGCUUCUGGUUUGCGAGGCGCAGGUCCACAGUGGGAGUCUACUCGGGAAGAAAUACAACUGGAGCUGCGACGAUCUCAUGGGCGGUGGGGGGCUGCACUCGGUCGGCAGCUACAUCAUCGACCUGCUCACGUUCCUGACGGGCCAACGGGCGGCAAAAGUUCACGGCUUCCUUAAGACCUUCGUCAAGCAGACGGACCACAUCCGGGGCAUCCGGCAGAUCACCAGCGACGACUUCUGCACGUUCCAGAUGGUGCUGGAAGGCGGCGCCUGCUGCACCGCCACGCUCAACUUCAACGUCCCCGGUGAAUUUCGACAAGAAGUGAUCAUCGUAGGAACGGUUGGGAGGUUAUCCGUCAUGGGGACGGACCUGUACGGACAGAAGAACAAUGGGGGUGGGGGCUCCGGGGGAGGCCUGGAACUUCUCCUCAAAGACACUACACCUCUUGAAAAGGCUUCCUUACCGGAGAAAGCCUUCAGUGACAUCCCUUCUCCAUAUCUCACCGGAAUGAUCCGAAUGAUCCAGGCGGUGCGGCAGGCCUUCCAGGAGCAGGACGAUCGGCGGACGUGGGACGGGAGGCCUUUGACGAUGGCGGCCACCUUCGAGGAUUGUCUCUAUGCGCUCUGCGUGGUGGAUACCAUCAAGAAAUCCAACCACUGUGGAGAGUGGCAGAACAUUGUGGUGAUGACAGAAGAACCGGAGGUCAGCCCGGCUUAUUUGAUCAGCGAGGCUAUGCGGCGCAGUCGAAUGUCGCUCUACUGUUAGGAUCCGGCAGCUUGCCUUAAAUUUGGGGCCAAAGAAUCGAUGGUAACUUUUUCCACGCACCACUAACCCCUCCCGAUCUGUCGCUAGUGACCUCAAUAGUAUGUUUGGUGCUGUCAAAUCUGUAUCGUUGCUGUCACUGGCUGGAUCAAUCCUGAUGCUUAAAAAAAAAAGUGUUCCUGCUUCAGCAGGAGAAUAAAACCAAUUAAUUAGUCAUCAAAUCUUUAUUUAUUAAAGAACAUUUCUUUCUGUUACCAAAGGGGUAUUGCGCCUGUCACCGCCCUGAGUGGUCAGGAAGGCAACACAACACACUCUUGAGUUUGAGUGAGACCUACAAAGGGAGGACAAUAGUUCUUGCACCCAAAAGUGUCAUGCUGCUGUAAUAAUGCUAUAAUGCCAUAUACUUUAUGGUAUCUUUAUGGUAACGUGUCUGAAAGCCAGAUUUCGAGAUGGUGCCAGCAUCAGAAUUUCUGUUGAAGCGACACUUAUCUAUCACAGUGGUUUCGGAGUAAACAAUGAUAAAUAAUAGUACAGAUAUUAAACAUUACUUACUUUUAACUUGGUCAAGGGUGUCAAACUCAUUUUUGUCACAAGCCACAUCGUAGUUACGAUUUCCCCUCGGAGGUCCGUAAUGACUGUGAAACCAUGAAAAAAAGAAUUAAUAGCUAGUUUUGGAAACAGAAAUCAAGGCUAAUGGGGUUUUCAACUAUUGCUUACGUUUGGGUGCACAAAAAAAUGCUUGCAAUAUCUCAACGUUAUCAUUUAUCUUGUGACAAUUUGAAAUUUUAGUCCAGAUUAUAGCAAAAAUCAUGGAAGUUGAGAGACAUGAUUUGCUUUCACAGACCACAUAAAAUCAUUCAGUGGGCCGGAUCUGGCCCCCGGGCUUUGGGUUUGACACCUGCACAUCAGACCCUAUUUAAUGGUCUAUGUUUUUGUUUUUUUUGCUGUAGUUAUGAUUUACAGUCGGUGCUUUUUGAUGGGUUUGGCGCUGGUGUGCGUAUGUCACUGAUCAGGGUAUUUCCUUGAGGUCAAGCAUGCAGUCAUGGCGCGUAUCCGUCCUCUCCGUUUACACUGCAGUUGGAUCGGCAGAUAUCGGACAUAUACGGGAUCUUUUUUCACAUUUGGAAAUCACCUCAUUUUUAUCUGCGGCUCUCCGAUCUCCCCAGUAUUUGUCUUUUUUGCAACCGAGAAGGCACCAUAUGUGAAACGUGUCUCUGACGGGGCAAAAAUGUGGAUUGUGUCACUUGAAACGAGCAGUUUGGAAUCUGUUGGGUUGUCUUCCGUUGAUGUGUGGUUGCCAUGUAAAUGUUUAUUUUUAUUUUAUUUUUGGGGGGGUGGGGGAGGGGGAUGGGUGCUUUCAUUUGAUUCAUUGGCUUUCAGUCUUGUCUCAGGACUCUUCCCCAUCAACCCGGAUUCUUCUUUUUAAUAAUUAAAUGUUGGAUUGCAAGGUUUAUGGAUUUUUACAGCCGUCUAAUUCCUCACAAUUGAGAUGAGACUUGUCGAAAAUUCAGCAAAAUGUCGGCCAAAAUCUGAUGCACCAUCUCUCACCCACAAACUAAAAAUGUUUUAUUAAUUUAUUUUUUUUCUCUGCAUCACUUUGCUCCCCUGUGGUUUCAUUUCCUCAGAACAACAUUAUACGUCACAACUACUGAAAAUGUACAUAUGGUCGUAUUAUCAAAGGAACAAGCUUGUCUAAAUAUAAAGUACUGUAUGUAUUUUGUUUGUAAAAAUGCUAAUAACCACAACCUGUUUUAAUUAAGUAUUGCCAGGUAUUUAUUGUUUGUCUGCCGUUUGCUGCUGAAACGUCAGGAGGUGGGACAAUAUAAGCUGGACCAUAUAUUUCCCGUCUAUAAAAUACAAUUGUUUGAAACACGCUGGGUCUGUAAGGCGUAUUGAUUUUACACAAAUGCACACAAUCGCACAUCGUUUUUCGUUGCUUUAUAAUUUUAAAAGCUUUUAGCUCCCAAUGG